UGCGGGAGGAUUCACACUGCAAUGAUAAGAUGUCGAGCUCUUGGGAUUCGGAGUACUUCGACCCUUGGGUGAGCGAAUAGGGUUGGUCGAAGCUGACAGUAGAGGAGCAAGUCGUCAUUUACGAGUCGUUGUUCACGGCGGGAGGUGUGAACGCAGUAAAGCUGGGUGCGGAGCUUGCGGGUGAUGAGCGCUUCCUCCAAGCCAUCAAGUGUUUGGGUGAUGUGGUCUUUGAGAAAUGCUCUCGAUAUUCGCUUAGUUACUGGGUCAAGUGUUCCCGGCCGAGUGCGAAUUUUUGCUUCAUCCCCCCUCCUUCCCCUGCCAUCCCUGUUUGCCCACCACCGUUUGCGUGCCCGCCAGCCUGUCCGCCACACCCUUUCUGCCCACCAGCAUGUCCGCCACCGCCAUGCCUCACACGCCUCCAGGAGCUCUCGAUCGCUUACCUCAAGAAGCACGUGGUUUCUGCCGAUUGCGAGCAUAUCGUGGAGAUUCUGGCGACUCGAAUUGCUCUCUCCCAGUGCGCCGCCCUUACCGACCAACAGAGACUUGUGGAUCAGCUUUCCUAUCUUGUUCAACCGAAGGCAUACGCCUCGAUUGCUGAGCUGUUCUGUGAUGCUCGCCCGCCUGCGGGUCUCAAACUUCCCUGUGCCGUCUGCGCGGAUCCGUGCACGCCGCCACCGGCACCGCUUCCCACUCAGGCAUGUGUGCCCCCUCCCCCUGCCCCACCGGCGUUUGUUGAGCUUGACGCUCGGCAGAGCUACUUCGUGAGUAGGAUUGUCAGCUACGUCAAAUGCUCCACGGAUGCCCCGAGGGUGAAGGAUAUGGCCACGAAGCUCGCUGGCUGUGCUGGCAUCGGGCUCACUGCGCAGCAGGCAAUCAUCGACGAGAUCGCUACCCUGGUGGAGGCGGACGGGUGGUUUGCCUUGAAGCUGAUCUUUGCCAAGGAGGUGCCUGCGGGUUUGAAGUUCCCCGAGAAAUGUGUUGCGCCUGCUGCAGCCCCUUCGGUUUGUCUUCGCCAGGCGUGCCUUACUGCCGUCCAAAUCGCGACGAUGGAGAAGAUCUCGGACCUGGUGGAGAAUAUCUGCGAUCGUGAACUUGUGCGAGGAAUGCUGUUGAAGCUUGUGGAACCGUGUCCGUCAGACUUGGACCACAAGCAGAGCCUCGUCGAUGAGGUCGUUAGAUUGGUGAAGAUCGCAGCAAGGCCGUGCCUUCCCGCGUUGUUCGUGCCAGAGCCGCCGAAGGGUUUGGUUUUCCCUGCGGGAACCUUCCAGAAGGAUCCUUGCGAGCCCAAGGUAGGGGGCGGUGUUUCGCUGACGGUGCGACAGAAGAAUGCGGUGGACUUGCUGGCGAGGUAUGCGUUGGGGGUGGGCGAAGUAGAAAAAGUCCGUGACCUGGCCACGGUGAUCGCGUGCAACAGCGACCUGACACGUGACGUGCAGCAGCAGAUCAUCGACAAGAUCGCGACGCUGGUGGAGAUCCGUGCGUACCCUGCUCUUCCCGAGUUGCUGAGCGUGGACGUGGCGAUCUCCGCGCUGGUCUUCCCUCCUGGGACGUUUGUCUCCACGUACGAGCUGGCCACCGGCGAGGCGCUGAAGGACCUGAAGAGUGCGGAGGAGAGCCUCCGGGAUCUCGUGUGCAUGUUGGGAGUGGAGGGGUACGAGAUCGGAAUGAAGGUGAAGUCGCAGUGGGCGACCUUGGAAGUGGAAGAACGCAAGAGCAUAUACAAGUCGCUGUACACGAAGGGCGGGCUGGACGCCGUCAAGGCGGCCGCUGUGUUGGGCAGUGAGGUGAACUACGUGGAGUUGCUGGCCGCCGCCGCGGGAUCGAGCGUCUGCUGCCCGGCCGUUCCUCCUGUUCCCGAGGCGGAGCUGCCCACGGCUGUGCGGAAGCUCCUGGAUAUCCUUGUUCUGCGGGCGGGCAUCGCCGGCUAUGAUCUGGGUGUGAAGAUCCUGAAGGAGUGGAAGUUUUUGAGCGCCGAGGAGCGUAAGAGUGUUUACACGGACCUCCUCCGCCUGGGUGGCGUUGAGGUUCUGGCGGCCGGCGCAAAACUCGCCCGGGAUCGCGUAUUUUUAGAGGAACUGGUCGCCGUGGGCACUAGUCUUUCGUCGAAGGCCAGCGUUGUUUGCGACACCUCGGCGGAGAAAGCCUCGCAGCAACAGCGGGAUUUGCGACAGGUGGUGGUGYUGGCCGGCGCUGCUGGAUAUGAAUUGUCCGUGAGGCUUCUGUCGGAGUCGCUCUCUGUCUCAGACAAGCGCGAUAUUUACUCAAAGCUCUUCGCAGAAGCGGGACUCGAGGCUGUUCGAUUGGGCGUGUCCCUUGCAAGGGACACCGCUUUCGUGGAAGAAUUGACGGUUAUCGUCCAGGACCUCACUGUGUUCUUGUGUAAGGGAGGGUACUUAGACGAGUGCCCCGCUCCGGCUCUUUGCGCUCCGAAGCCUGAGCAGCCCGCACCUCCGGCCUGCCAUCCCUGCGUAACUGAGUGUGUAACCAUCGCCACGGAAGUGGGAAAGGCUGCUUUGAGAGAUAUUGUUUGCAUCGCGGGCCUGCGGGGCUACGAGAUUUCCGUCCGUUUGGCGAAGGAGUCGGCCACAUUGUCGGCCACGACAAAAUUGGAGCUAUAUGGUGAGUUGCUCCGCCAGGGUGGACUCGAUGCGCUGAGGCUGGCAGCAGUGGUUGAGGGCAACCGUUGCUUCCUGGAUGAGCUGAAAAAAUUCGGUGAGGAAGAUGUUCUUUCCCAAGUGCUGUCUGCAGGCAGUGAUUCGGCGUGCGACAGACUCAGGGAGCUGAUUGGCCUGGCCAGUGUCGAAGGGUACCUCCUGGGUGUGACUUUGGUGGAGAAGAUGAGCAUGCUCAGCUUGAAGGAGAGGUGGGAGAUCUACGGCAACAUCUAUGCAUUCGGUGGGCUGGGGGCGCUGAAGGUUGCAAUUAUUGCCUCCAAAGACAAGGAGGUGGCGGAAUCUCUGAAGGAAUUUGCUGACAAGGUGAAAGUGUCGAUCGUGGAGCUCGUGCUUGAGACGGUCUGCSUUAGUUCUGCCCCGCAACACAAACCGGAGCCGCCGGCUUGCGCGGCCRCGUAUGCCUGUUGUGCUCCGCCGGCCGUCGUCGCAUCUCCUGCUUGCCUCUCAAUUCCACAACGCGAGGCUCUGAACUCCGAACAGAAGAGAAUAAUCUUGGGGCUUUACUACCUGGCAGGCGAGGAUGAGCGAGUUAAGAUUUACGCAACGCAGCUUGCUGAGGAAGGAAAGGGGCUUAGCGAGGAGAGUAAGAGGAAGAUUAUCGGCCACAUAAUCUGUCGGACAGGGCUUGACGGCGUGGACCUUGUGCAAGCUCUAAUCGAGGGGAAGUGUGUGGCUUUCCRGUGAAUAUUGUUAGGCCUCCACUCGAGGGGUCCAUUGCAAAUAAGYUGUCCAAUGAGUUGCUAACGUUAGCACGUGCGGCUAUGCUGGGUGUGACAGAGGAUAGAGUGACCGGAAUUAAUGAAGUUUUGACGCCUGGGUURAAGGACCAGCGAGUUACACARCCGAAUCAGUCUUUGGUUUUAAACCGCGUCAAUUUUUUGGUAAGAAAUUGCGUUUUGAACCUAUCUUGUUAGGCACUGAUCUUAUUUCGAAGGACUCCCUGACAUUGGAUGGACUGCUGUCGUCAACGACAUCAGUCUGUCCCUCUGCAGGGGAAUUACUUGGACGAAUUUGCCCUUCCGGAGGUUUGCUUGCCGAAGCCUGAGAAGCCCUCCUCUCCUAGCAAGCCUUGGCGUCUAAGAUCACGGGUUGUGGCUACAUCCACAAGGCACAGAAAGACAAUUUAGCAAGCCUUAUUUCUGUACGACUCACGCAUAUCGUUUUCAGAAUGGAGUGCGAGCCGCCUCUGAAGAUCUCACUACUCCUCAAGGGCUGGCACCAAAUUUAUUCCAGAAUGGCCCCUCUGAAGACCUCUCCCACAUACCCUCAACCCGUGUCUUCCUUUUUUAAUGAUUUUUACCCUCGAUUCUCUGGACCCGUGUCGAAAACCGUAAUCCUGUGAAGUAGACCGCAGGCGCACUCAGUUCCGGUUGGCGGCCACAGUAGGGAGAGUGUCAGUGUCAGUUACCAAAAAGAAAUAGGGGUUCCUCUCGGUCGUUUUGGGCCGAAUUCGGACCGGCUCCUAGGUCUGUGAAGUGGAAGUUAGGUGUACUUCAGGAAUAGGUAGUAGUAGUAGACUGAAGUAGGAGGGGAGUUGGGUAUGCAUCUGGUAGUAGUCGGCUUAGACACUCGUGGGUUCUUGAGACUCAGAAGCGAAACCGGCUGAUGCUGCCGGGAUAACUCCGGGGUGAAUUGUGAGGUCCCCGGCCUCGUUUCAAGUGACGUUUUGAAAUGGUAUUGAAUGU